AGAUACACCAAGUACUUAUUUCGAAGGAUCGUAUAUUGAUAAACGGUUGUUAUAAAGUUAACUGCUCCAGGAAUUGAAGAUACACCAAGGAGUGGACGAGUUAACGAGGGGGCGAGAACGAGCGGUACAAGUCAUAAAUGAAUAAUAAUGAUAACAAAAACAACGAUAAUAUUUAAUCCAUGAAAUAAAACAAACAACACAUCAACACACACACACACACACACAUUGUCAUCGAUAUAUCUCAGUGCGCAUACCUGUCCCAUCACCACGAGUGCAUUGUGUUUAGUGGUCACCUGCGAUAAUUAGGACAGCGACGCGCGCACGGUCACGUGACGCACCUAUUACUGAGGGUGGCCGCGGGCACAGGAGGAGAGUGCUCUUCCUUGCCUUCAUUCCACUCUGUGACGCAUUCACUGACUGUGCGUGAGCGUGGCGGGGUGCAGAGGUGCGUGAAGGAGUGUUGCAUCACCUGUAGCAGCUUCAUAUUACUAAGAAUGCCGAACAACUCCCGACAUGGUAAAAGGGGCAAGAUGACUUGGUAAAAGGGGCAAGCAGUCUUCCUCUUCCGUUUUUGCCAAAUCAUCAUCCUCCUCCUCUUCCUCCUCCAAGACCAAAGGAGGAGGGGGAAAACAAGUCAAAGGAGGAAAGAAUUCGGGAACGGUAGGAGGUGCAGGGGUGUCAUCUGCUGCAAGAGAGAGAGAGAGAGAGAGAGAGAGAGAGAGCAUGCGUACAAAAAAAUUCUACUUCUACAACGGGUGGAGCAGGGACAUCUGGCAACACUGCAGCAUCCUCCUCCUCCUCCUGCACCUCUUCCUCUGGCUCCAAAGUUCGAUUUGUGGGCCAACCCAGUUCGGAGCAUGUAAUGACGGUGCUGGAGCUCCCCGAGGAUCCUGACUACUCCUUGAAGAAAUCUAUUGAUGCCUCAGUGAACGAGGUUGUUAACGUCGCUAAGCUGCUGCUAACGGCCACGGAUGAGGUGAGAUCUACUGGUGCCUCCGUGAACGGGGUUGUUAACGUCGCUGAGCUGCUGCUAACGGCCACGGAUGAGGUACGGAAGCUGAUCCUUAACGAGUGCGACAUGGUCCUGCAGUGCAAGGUGUGCAAAAAUUUGUUCAGCUCGGUCGAUAAUUCCUUGAUGCACAAACGAAUUUACUGCCAGGAAGAGUUUGCUGAUCGGACACUUCUUCACCGCGCAACACCCGCUUCGCAACACCCGAGACUCUUUCUGUACACCAGCGUUCCCAUCACGGCCCCAUGAGUUGGAUAUCCACCUGUCCCAUCCGCCAGGCCUCCUUUGUCACCACGUUGGCCGUGACUGAGCAGCUGAAGAAAUGUUAGUAUUUUUGCUUCUACUGCCGCUGAUGCUGCUGGGGUGGGCGUGCGGGUGCUAGUGGUGGUGUAGCUAGUGUUGUUGCUUCUGUUGGUGUUUGAAGGGUUGUGUAGAGAGGGUUGUAGUGAAGUUACAGUACUUUUUGUCAGGGUCUAAGAGUUACGAUUUUUCUACAACUGUUAUUGCUAUUAUUGUGUUUAACGCGUUAGUGGAAGUUACUUGGGGUUUCAACUUACGCGGUGAAGAAGUGUCUGAUCAGCAAACUCUUCCUGGCAGUAAAUUCGUUUGUGCGUCAAGAAAUUAUCGACCGAGCUGAACAAAUUUUUGCACACCUUGCACUGCAGGACCAUGUCGCACUCGUUAAGGAU